UUUCUUUGAAUCAUUAUAAUAAUAUAUAUCGAUAUCAUAUAUUUUUACGAAUAAUAUUAUUGACUUGUUAACGAUAACGUACAAUUAAAAACUAAAUUCAAAAAAAAUAAAAAAAUGCUUUCAAGUUUAAAUGUAGACCAAAGACAUAAAUAUGUCGCUGGAGCCUUUGGCGAGUUUGUUGGAACCGCUUACUUUUUAUUCAUGGGUGUCGGCGGUGCUGUAAAUUUUUUAAAUAAUGCAGCUGGUUCACCAUUACCGGGUUUUGCUAUUCCAUUCUGUUUCGGUUUCUCACUUUUUGUUAAUGUGUUCAUUUGGGCUCCAAUCUCUGGAGGAGUGUUCAAUCCAUCCAUUACUAUCGCUUUAAUGGCUACGAACCCGAAAGAUUUUCCAUGGCAUAGAGGAAUUUUGUACAUAGUAUCUCAAUUCUUAGGAGCUUUAUUUGGAUCAUGGCUCAUUGACUUGAUUCAACCUGAAGCCCCUAAUGCAGCAACCUUACUUGCAGAUGGAGUUUCAGUAGCUCAAGGUCUCUUUAUGGAAAUGUUUGCAACUUCAGUGUUAACCAUGGCUGUGCUUAUUUUAGCUGGUGAACGUUAUGGUAAAUAUCUUGCUCCAUUUGGUAUUGGAAUGUCCUUAUUUAUUUCAGCUUUGUGCGCUGGUCCAUAUACGGGAGCUUCUUUAAAUCCCGCCAGAACUCUUGGUCCCGCUAUUGUUGCAAACCAAUACGGUCGUGCUCAUUGGAUUUAUUAUGUUGGUCCUACUUUAGGUAGUUUAUUAGCAGCAGGUUAUUGGCAUAUAUUAAAUAUAUUAAAUAUUAAUGUUGUUAAUCGUAAAUUUAACAAAUGCGAAAAUUGCAAUAAUGAGAACCCUAAAGAAAUAAAAGCAUGCGAAAGAUGCGGAAAGGGGGAACCUAAAGCUGAUAAGCAUGACAUAGAAUCCCAAAACUAAAUAUAUACAUAACAAAUAUAUAUAUAUACAUUUUGUAAUAUUUUUAAUUACCCUUCGUUUUUUUUUAUGUUCAAUAUAAUUCAUUACAUUUUAUUCUUUUCACGCAAAACUUACAAAGCUUUUUUUCACACACUAA